UAGAAUUGUGAAUGAUAGCAUGGAUAAAGGUUCAAUAAUGGACUCAGAAGACCGAAUAGAAAGGAUUGUUGAUAUCUACGUCAGUGCAGAGGCUGUAAGAGACAUGAAACAUAAGAAAGAGACAGAAGACUUCAACACAGAAGAACCCCGAACACCUCGACACAGAGAAGACUUCAACACAGAAGAACCCCGAACACCUCGACACAGAGAAGACUUCAACACAGAAGAACCCCGAACACCUCGACACAGAGAAGACUUCAACACAGAAGAACCCCGAACACCUCGACACAGAGAAGACUUCAACACAGAGGAACCCCGAACACCUCGACACACAGAAGACUUCAACACAGAGGAACCCCGAACACCUCGACACACAGGAAGUGAUGGUGUGACGAUCUCCAGAGCAGCUGGUGUGUGUUUGGGACUGAUGUGUGUUCUUCUGCUGACUGCAGUCAUAGUGUUGUGUGUCAUCUUCACUCAAGAGAGACAACAGCUGAAGACUAAGAUCACCAACCUCACAGAAGAGAGACAACAGCUGAAGACUAAGAUCACCAACCUCGCAGAAGAGAGACAACAGCUGAAGACUAAGAUCACCAACCUCACAGAAGAGAGAGACCAGUUGAAAUCAGAAAAAAAUGAUCUUCAGAAGAAGUUUGCAGAUGGAUGGAAGUGCCAUCAAUCCAGUCUUUACUUCUUUUCUUCUGAGACGAAGAACUGGACUGACAGCAGAAGAUACUGUACAGAGAGAGAAACAGAUCUGAUCAUCAUCAACAACAGAGAGGAACAAGAUUUUGUGAAGAAUAUUACUGGUAGUUCUGAUCAUUUCUGGAUUGGUCUGACUGAUAUUGAAGAGGAGGACAGAUGGAAAUGGGUUGAUGGCAGCACACUGACCUCUGGGUCCUGGGUGUCUGGAGAGCCAAACAACUAUCAGGGAAAAGAAGACUGUGCUAAUACUCUUUCAUCAGGAUGGUUUGAUACUCAUUGUAAUAAUAGUGUUAAAUGGAUUUGUGAGAAGAAUAUUCUUAAAUGA